AUGGCAACCUUCAAAAGGCAGCACAUCUGGCUGCAUCUGCUCACCUGCCCCCCUCACCGCCGUCAUUUGCCCAACAUUCCACUUCCUGAUGGCAACAAAGUCCCUCAGUACGCCUCUACCUAUCUGCUCAUCAUCUUUGCUUCCCCCUCUAUCAUCCAACCCCCCAAAAAAGAAAAGAAAGGGGGACUUCCCAAGUUCCCUACUCUGUACGGUUACCCAGCCGUGCUAGCUCCCCAGCACAGCUCAGCCCACCCCUGGUCGGCGCAUCCGCACAAGCACCCGCACCCUGCAGGUCACGAACCACCACCCCUCGUCAUCCUCAGGACCCAGCUGCAAGCCUGA